AUGGAUGACGGGGAUUAUGUUCUGUUGAAGAAUAUCCUCAUUUUCCACUCGGCUCAUGGCCUCUCCGAGCCGAGCGCAGCGAUUGUGCGUGAAGCGCGCAAGAAAUACGAAUGGAUGCUGUCACGAAGGAUUCGUCAAAAGUCGAAGGAUGAUGUCGAAGCGAUCUACAAAAUCGCCAAGCUGAUGGGCGCUGUGAAAAGUCUUGUGGAACUUGGCUUCAAACGUGCUCCAUACUUCUCGCGAUGUGUCGCCUUGAAUAUUUGCGGUUUACGAGGUCGACUCCCAGCUGAUGUAUAUAUUCUA